AUAAUAUUUAAUAAAAGUAAUUUAGUUGAAUAUUAAUUAAUAAUUACACAUUGAUCUCAAACCAUUCACCUUCUAAUUUUAUAUUUAAUUUAAUUCAAUAUUAAAAUAAAAUGCCUUUUCGCCGAACACCAUUUAGUGGCUUCCCAUUCAAUGUUAUAGAUCAUGAUGAUAUUGAUCCAUUACAUGGAUUUGAUGAUGAUCCAUUAGAUGAUCCCUUUAAUACAACAAGACGUUCACAUCGUAGUGCUAGAGCUAGACCUUCAACAACAUCAACUCAAAGUCCUUCUUCAUCAUUACGAUUUCAACAUCAUUUAGAUGAUAUAGCUGCACGUCAUCCAGAGUUUGCACAACAUUUACGUCCAUGGGUUACUACUAAUCCUACAUCUAGUCAACAACAACAGUAUUUUACAUCACCAACUGCUACUGGUACAUCUGGUAGUGAUCAUAGUAAUUUAAAACAAGAAUCAUCAACAAAUAAUAAUAAUAAUAAUAAAAGUGGUGCUAAUGGUGAUAAUGAUGGUGAUGAUGUAACACCACCAACAAGUGUUGAUAAUACUGAUGUAAAUAAUAUUAAAUAUAAUAAAUUACCACAAUACGGGUUACGUAAUACUGUUGAUUUAGGACAACAACAACAACAAGAUAAUAAUACAUUGUUUGAUAAUAACAAGUCACGUGGUCAAAGAUCAAUGUCUGCACCACCAGCAUCAUCACUAACAGGAGCUGAUAGUAAACAACAACAACAACAACAACAGCAGCAACCAAGAUUUAUAUCACGUAUUAAUAUUGAACCAUUAAAACAACAACAAUCAAUGGGUGGUAACACAACAAGUACAACAUUACCACAACAACAACAACAACAACAACAAACAACAGCAACAAUGAAUAAUAAACAACAACAACCAAAUGUUAGACAUAUACCAAUAUUUGUUGAAGGGCGUGAUGAACCAUUAUUACCAAAACAAUAUGAACAACAACAACAACAUAAUAUAAGACCACAACAACAACAACAACAACAACAACAACAACAUGGUGGUGAUACAACAACAAACAAUACAAUACCAUCAUCAGUACCAGCACCACCACCACCACCUUCAUCAACAACAUUACAUAAUAAGGAACAACAACAACAACAACAACAACAUAGUAAUUAUGAAGAAGUAUAUCAACAACAACAACAACCAUGUAAUAAACAACAACAACAACAACAAAUAGAUUCAAUAACAAGAAUACAAGAGAUACAAAAAGAUGUGAAUGAAUUAAUGUUACAAGUUGAACAAUACAAGAAUACACGUACAGAUGGCAAAAAAGAUAAACAAUAUUUAUAUUUAGAUGAGAUGUUAACACGUAACUUAAUUAAAUUAGACAAUAUUGAUACAGAUGGUAAAGAUGUGAUACGUGCUGCACGUAAAGAAGCUAUUAAAUGUAUUGAACAUUGUAUUAGUCAAUUAGAAUCAAAAUUAUUAUUAACAACAACAAAUAAUAACAAUAAUAAUAAUACAACAACAACUGAUGAUCAAAGUGAACAACAACAACAACAACAUGAUAAUAUUAAUAAAAGUACAAGUACAAGUGAUGUAAAUACAACAACAACAAGUACAAGUGAUGAUACUAAUCAAAUGGAAGUUGAACAACAACAACAACAACAACAAGAUAAUGAUACAGUUAAUAAUAAAAUGGAUGUAGAUAUAGCAGAUACAACAACAACAACAAAUGAUAUGAAAACAUUACAAGUAGGUGGUGUUAUUAAAAGUGGUGAACAAAUACAACAACAACAACAACAACAACAAUAUGAUAAUAAUGAUGAACAACAAACAACAUCAUCAAAUGAUAAUAAUAAAAAAAUUAAAAAGAGUCCUAAAAAGAAAAUAACAUCAAAUAAUGAU